AUGUUAUUAACCACCGUCCUCCUGGCCCUCGGCGGCCUGGCCAGCGCCGCCUCCCUGCAGCGCGUCAACGACUUUGGGGCCAACCCGGCAAACGUCAAGAUGUUUGUCUACGUGCCGGACCGCGUGGCCACCAACCCGGCAAUCGUGGUCGCCGUCCACCACUGUCAGGGCACCGCCAGCUCCUUCUACGGCAGCACGCCUUAUGCCCGCCUGGCCGACCAGAAGGGCUUCGUCGUCAUCUACCCGGAGUCGCCGUACCAGGGCACUUGCUUCGACGUCUCGUCGCGCAAGACCCUGAUGCACGACGGCGGGGGCGACUCCAACAGCAUCGCCAACAUGGUCAAGUACGCCAUUACGCAGUACAAGGCGGACGCGAAAAAGGUGCACCUGGUAGGGGCUAGCAGCGGAGCCAUGAUGGCAAACGUCAUGGCUGCGACCUACCCCGAGCUCUUCCAGACCGUCAUUGCGCACUCGGGAGUCCCCGCCGGCUGCUUCAUGUCGGCGUCGGGCCAGGUCAACGCGUGGAACAGCAGCUGCGCCAACGGCCAGGUCCGGCCGUCGCAGGCGGUCUGGACCAAGAUGGCCAAGGACAUGUAUCCCGGCUACGACGGCGCGCGGCCGAGGAUGAUGAUCAUGCACGGCGGCGCCGACACGACCCUGCACUGGAACAACUACGAGGAGGCCCUUAAGCAGUGGCGCGGCGUGCUGGGCCUGUCGGACUCGCCGGCCAGGACGCUGCAGAACUCGCCCGAGAGCGGGUACACGACGACGCUUUACGGCGGGGACGGGCAGCUGACGGCCAAGGUCAAGGGGGUGUGGAAUCCCAAGUACGGGCACGAUAUUCCCAUCAUUGGGGGCGAUGACAUGGCUUUCAUGGGGCUGUAG